CUCCCGCCCUCUGUCACUAUUAGCUGUUCCCACUAUGUCAGAGAAGAAGCGCCGUCGUGGCGAAGCAGGACCCUCGGCUACCGGCAAGAAAUCCCGGCCAUCCUCCCGCGCCGAUGAGCUACGUAAGCAGCUCAAGUCCGAUGCCGACAUCCUCGAAUCCAUCCGCAGGAUGUCAGCCGCUUCUAAAUCGUCCACCUUCAAAACCCUAACCCUCUCCGAUCUCAACCUAUCGUCCGCUUGCCGCGAAGUCUCAGAUCGAGACUCCUCCUCCGUUCUACUCUCCAUCGAAAGGGCCGCCCUCGACGCUGCUCGAUCCAUCCUCUCCGGCUCCGGUUUCUCCUUCGACAUACCCUCCCGGUCCUCCUCUAACCAGCUCUACGUCCCCGAGCUAGACCGCAUCGUCCUUCGCGACAAAACAUCCGCACGCAUAUUCGCCAAUCUAUCUACCGUCAGAAAGGCCACCAUCACUGCCCGCGUUCUCUCCCUCGUCUACGCAGUCCUCCGUCGCAAUAUCCAUGUCACUAAGCGUGAUCUCUUCUACACCGAUGUCAAGCUCUUCCAAGACCAGAGUCACUCCGACGCCGUCCUAGACGAUGUCUCGUGUAUGCUCGGCUGUACCCGCUCCUCACUGCACGUCGUCGCCUCAGAGAAGGGCGUCGUCGUUGGCCGACUCAUUUUCUACGACGAUGGUGACAGAAUAGACUGUACCAAAAUGGGCAUAGGCGGCAAAGCCAUCCCUCCCAACAUCGACCGUGUCGGUGAUCUAGAGAGCGACGCCCUCUUUAUCCUACUUGUUGAGAAAGACGCCGCGUUUAUGCGUCUCGCCGAGGACCGGUUCUACAAUCGGUUCCCCUGCAUCAUCGUCACCGCCAAGGGCCAGCCUGACGUGGCCACCAGGCUCUUCCUCAAACGCAUGAAGACUGAGCUAAAGUUACCAGUUCUUGCUCUCGUUGAUAGUGAUCCCUACGGGCUUAAGAUCCUCUCUGUCUACAUGUGCGGAUCGAAGAACAUGUCAUAUGAUAGCUCGAACCUGACCACGCCGGAUAUCAAAUGGCUGGGGAUUCGGCCGAGCGACCUUGACAAGUACCAGGUGCCAGAGCAGUGCCGACUGCCGAUGACUGAUCAAGAUGUGAAGGCUGGAAAGGACCUUCUUGAAGAGGAUUUUGUGAAGAGGAAUGAGGGAUGGGUGAAGGAGCUUGAGAUGAUGGUGAAGACAAGACAGAAAGCUGAAAUUCAGGCUCUUAGUUCCUUUGGAUUUCAGUAUCUUUCUGAGGUCUAUUUGCCUUUAAAGAUACAACAGCAGGACUGGUUAUGAUCUUCAGAGGUGUAAUGGUUAGUUCUGAUCUUUCUUGCGGCUCUUUUUCGCUGUCAUGGUUUGAAAAUUUAUAUUUCUGGAAUAUAUAUCUAUAUCUCGCCCCUCAGAUUUUGUUAUGUGUGCUAUUUGGGUCUUUGUAUCUGAUUUGUAUAACAGUAUAAGAUUCUUAUUAUUCUGAUGUUAAUGUUAAUGAAUAUUACCAAUUUUGAACUGUUUAA